GCCGGCCACCCUCUCUCCCACUGCAGGCCCAGGGAGGGCCAUGAAGGUGCUGCUGCUCGUGGGGCUGGGAGCCCUGUUCUUUGCCUAUUAUUGGGAUGACAACUUUGACGCAGCCAGCCUCCAGGGAGCCCGUGUGCUGCUGACUGGAGCCAGUGUGGGCGUCGGGGAGGAGCUGGCAUAUCACUAUGCGCGCCUGGGCUCCCACCUGGUGCUCACUGCCCCCACCGAAGCUCUCCUGCAGAAGGUGGUAGGGAACUGCCGGAAGCUGGGCGCUCCCAAGGUCUUCUACAUCGCUGCGGACAUGGCCUCCCCUGAGGUGCCCGAGCGCGUGGUGCAGUUUGCGCUGGACAAGCUGGGAGGGCUGGACUACCUGGUGAUGAACCACCUCGGCGCCGCCCCAGCAGGCACGCGGGCCCGCAGCGCCCAGGCGACACGCUGGCUCAUGCAGGUGAAUUUCCUGAGUUACGUGCAACUGACUUCGUUGGCGCUGCCGAGUCUGACUGACAGCAAGGGCUCCCUGGUGGUGGUGUCCUCGUUGCUAGGCCGCGUGCCCACGUCCUUCUCCAGCCCCUACUCGGCGGCCAAGUUCGCGCUGGACAGCUUCUUCGGCUCUCUCCGGCGGGAGCUGGACGUGCAGGACGUGAACGUCGCCAUCACCAUGUGCGUCCUGGGCCUCCAGGAUCGCGCCUCAGCCGCCGAGGGAGUCAGGGGCGUCACAAGGGCCAAGGCGGCCCCGGGGCCCAAGGCAGCCCUGGCUGUGAUUCGUGGCAGCGCCACGCGUGCCUCCGGCGUCUUCUACCCGUGGCGCUUCCAUCUGCUCUGCCUGCUUCGCGGCUGGAUGCCACAGCCAAGGGCCUGGUUCAUCCGCCAGGAGCUCAACAUCACGACCCCCGCUGCUGCCUGAGCCCCUGGGCUUAAUGCCCCUUCGUCUUCCCAGAAGAAGACCCUCCAGCCAAUCGUCCUGGAGCCCGGACAGACACCUCUGAGCGGGUGGCCAAGGGCCAAAAGAAAGUCAUCAAGACAGAAAAGUAAACUUGAGAAAAACUACCAGCACCUGAAAACAGUCAGAACUCGGGGCGUGCCCGGCAUCUUGUCAGGGACUUGGAAGGCAAUUAAUUACCUCAGUCUUCUCAGCUGUCAUUGAUGAUAUGAUUGCUGCUUCCAUUUUGCAGAUGAACAAACUGAGGCUCAGAGAGGCUAUGUGACUUGCCUCAGGGCCCUGGCCACAUCAAGCAGGUCACAACACUACUGAGCUACCCUUGGAACCCUCUCUAUUUGCGACCUGAAACCACUGUGUCCCUGAUUUGUUCUUUCCACUCACUCAGCCUCGGAGCAUCCCCCAACCAUUUUCCCGAGCAGGGGAGCCCUCGAAGCUGUCAAGUUGAUUGUGGGGUCUGAGGAGGGGGAAGAGGAAAAGAGUGUGUUCUGGGCUGGAUCCAGCCUCCCAUUUGAUAAUAAAAAGCUUUCUUCCCUUGCA